AACUUGAUAUUACUACAGCACAACAUUGUUGUCAAAAGUGCGUUGAAAACCCAGAUUGCAUCCAAUGGCAUUUUGGAGAAACUGUGUGUCGACAUAAUGUUGAAAGUUUACUCGAUAUUUGUUCAUUUCCUCAAACUUCAAAAUUGUUUAGUUCAGAUAGCGGAGUUAUCCGUUGUGAAGAUG